AUGGAGAGCGAAGGAACGGUCGAUUUCGCGCUCGCGGACGCGGUGUACGCGAGCGAAAGCGAGGAUAGCGCGUGCAGGGUCGCGGAGGCGCGAAUGACGUUCGUCGGGGACUCGAAGGAUUUGACGCGAUGGCGGUCGCUGAACGACGGCGUCAUGGGCGGGAUGAGCGACGGUUUCAUGGCGAGACGAGGCGACGAGGGCGCGAGUUUCAUGGGGAACGUCAGUCUCGAGCGUAACGGUGGGUUCGCGAGCGUGCGCGCGAUGGUGGAGGAGGACGCGAGCGAUUUCGACGGCGUGUACGUCGACGCGAAGUCGCCCUCCGGCGCGACGAAAAAGUUUCUCUUCAUCCUGAAGGACGACGAGUGCUUGCGCGAGCAAAUCAACUUCAAGGUGGCGUUCGAGGCGGGCGAGGAGUACGGAAGGGUGAAGAUUCCGUUCGCGGCGUUCGCGCGUCCCGAGCGCAUGGGACGCGCGUGCUUGCGCGAACCGCUCCGAUUGGCCAAACUGCGCGAGUUCGGGUUGAUGAUUCUCAAAGGCGACGCCGCGCAAGUGGGGCCGUUUGAGCUCGUCGUGCGCGAGAUCGGUUUCUAUCGCGGCUAG